GUCUACCAGUGUUUUUCCCAUAGGAAGGUCUGAGGAAUAACAGACCUGGACAUUUUGCAGAAAAAAGUUACUCGAAUCAAUCAAGUCUGACUCGUACCAUCAUGUCCGGGGAUUCUCUGGUUGCUGGCUCCCUUGUGGUAGCAGACUAUGUGGUGUUUGCUCUCAUGUUGGUGGUGUCUGCCGCCGUCGGGUUCUACUACGCCUGGGACAGCAGAGGACGGGAAAGCUCCAGGGAAUUCUUAACAGGCGGGAGAACACUGACGGCCCUGCCUGUCUCCCUGUCUCUGACCGCCAACUUCAUGUCAUCCAUCACAGUGCUGUCCAACCCAGCUGAUGUGUACUGCUUCGGAGCUAUCUUUGGUUUUUUUUCACUGGCCUAUACAUUGUCAAUAAUGGUCGUAUCUGAGGUUUUUCUCCCAGUCUCCUACAGACUGUCCAUCACCAGUGCCUAUGAGUACCUGGAGAUGCGUUUCAACAGAGCAACACGUCUGAUCACAACAAUACUCUUUAUUGUUCAGGCAAUCCUCUAUACUGGAAUAGUCAUCUAUGCACCAGCUUUAGCUUUAAGCCAAGUUGUGGAUUUAAAUCUGUGGGUUGGAAUUAUUUCCACAGGAGCUGUCUGUACUCUUUACUGCACAUUGGGUGGACUGAAAGCUGUGAUAUGGACUGAUGUGUUUCAGAUGGGAAUAAUGAUUGCAGGCUUCUUAUCUGUGAUAAUCAAAGCUGUGAUCUUACAAGGCGGAGUAUCCACCAUCAUUUCAGAUGCACAACAGGGAGGGAGACUCAACUUUUGGGACUUCGACAUAAACCCUUUGAGGAGACACACAUUUUGGACCAUAACAAUUGGAGGAACGUUUUCCUGGAUUGCUGUAAAUGGGACUAACCAAGCCCAGAUUCAGAGAUAUAUCGCCUGCAAAAGCAUCACUCACGCCAGAGUAGCUCUGUUCAUCAACUUGUUAGGUCUUUGCAUCUUUUUGGCUUCCUCAGUAUUUGCAGGACUGUGCCUCUUCUCUGUCUUUAAGAACUGUGACCCUUGGACUGCUGGACUUGUUUCCACUCCUGAUCAGCUGAUUCCAUAUUUGGUGAUGGGCACCUUGACAAGCCAUCCUGGUCUUCCUGGACUAUUUCUUGCUGCAGUAUAUAGUGGCACCCUAAGCACAGUGUCUUCCUCCAUCAAUGCACUCACUACAGUGACACUGGAGGACCUGAUCAAGCCGCACACUAACAUGUCUGAGAAACACCUGUACUGGAUGUCCAAAGGACUGAGUUUUUUCUAUGGAGUUUUAUGUAUUUCCUUUGCUGGACUCGCCUCAGUCAUGGGAGGGAUGAUGCAGGCAGGUACCAGUAUCAGUGGUAUCCUUCAAGGUCCUGUACUCGGUGUAUUCCUAUUGGGUAUCCUUUUCCCAUUCGCCAAUUCCAAAGGAGGAUUUUUAGGUCUUGGGUCAGGAUUGGUCGCGUCUUUAUGUGUAGGUGUUGGAUCUAUUAUCUACCCUUCCCCACCUUCCAUGACCCGACCUCUGCCACUGUCCACUGAGGGUUGUAACUUUACAGGAAGCUUCAACUGGACUACCACUGCUCCACCAACAGAACCAAUCUUUAGCAUCACUACUCUUAACAGUGAUGGCGGACAUCCAGUGGAAGGAAACUGGCACUCUCCUUCUUAUCUGUACUUCAAUCUAAUUGGAACUGUAGCAGCCAUUAGUGUGGGGCUGAUUGUCAGCCUGAUUACAGGAGGCUUGAGUGAGAGGGUGGAUUCCAGGCUUACAUUAUUAAAAGAAGAUACAAUUUCCUAUCACCUCUUCAAGCUUUUCCUCGACAAAGUCAUGAGAAGAAAAGGGGGUGUUGUCCCAACGGAGAAACUUGGGAAUACAAAAACGGCUUUCUGUGACACUGAGAUGGACUUAAGAAGCAGUAUCCCUGAUAACACAAUGAAUGUUAGCCAUUAAAUGGUUUAGCGCU